AUGAUUAGCUAUCCAUUUGAUACUAUUUCAUUAACUCACCUCAGAUCAAAACAAGUUCGUCUCUUCAAAACUCCAAAAGUAAUAAGCCAAUUCCUUAAAGGAAAUUCAGGAAAUAAUGAAAUCGAAGUGAUAAUUAAUAAUGCAAUGGGUAAGGUUAAGAAGGUAUUUGAGGAGAUGGAAACUUUGAAGAACACCAAUGGAUUACAAGGACUGUACAGAGGUUAUUUUUCUGGAUUUUUAUUGGAAUCCAUAGUUUCAAUGUGUAGUAAUUUACUUAUUGGAAAUGUAUUCGAUUUGUUUUGGAAUAUUUGGAAGGGAAAUUCAAACAACUCAAAUUAUGAAUUUACCAAAACAAUUAUUACGUUUUCUUUGAGCCAUUUAAUUGUUGCACCUUUCACAUUUGCAAGAAUGAGAUAUCAAUCUGAUUAUGAAAAUGAAUAUUCCAGUUUCCUUGAUUGUGUGAAUAGAAUAUACAAGAAGGAAGGUUGGAGAGCAUUCUAUCGUGCUACCUUUAUUUCCUUGUACAUUUUUUGA